UCAUCCCUCAAUUUUAAGUAUCAUAAAAAUAAGCUUUAAACAAAGAAGGAAAAGUAUGGGUUCCAAGACAUUUCUGUUUCUUGGCCUUUUUUUGGCUAUUUUUUUCAUGAUAAGCUCUGAGGCUAUAGCUAGGGAGUUGGCUGAGACUUCCAACUCGGUGAAACCGGAUAACGAGAAUGAAGUACACGUUAACGGAUACAAUGGCGUUAGCGGUGAUGGACAUUAUGGUUAUAAACUUAAAGGAUGCCGUCACGGUUGCUGCAGAAAGCACAAACAUGUUUGCAAAAAGUGUUGCUCCUAUGCAGGUGAGGCCAUGGACAAAGUCACUGAAGCCCAGCCUCACAACUAAUUGGAGUAACUAAAAAAAGGGGCAGCCCGAUGCACUAAACUCCCGCUAUGCGCGGGCUCCGGGGAAGAUCGUAAUAAUCUUGCUGUUUUAGACCUGUUGCUUGUAACAAGUAUGAAUAAAGUCAUUCAGUUGCUAUGAAUGGUUAGUCAUGUAAUGUUUUAAUUUGUUGUGCAAUAUUAAUAUAUCAUAUUGUGAUAAAA